AUGCAUGCUAGAAAAAACUAUGAAACACUUGAUGAUGCUCGCCUUCCCCUUCACCAGCUACAUCGUUGCUGCAAUCCAAGCGGCUUUGACCUGAACUCACCUUGCAGCCAAGGUGAGUUCAUUGAGAAGGGAGUUCUUGAGGACAUUUGGUCGCUCAUGGAGAACUGCGAGGCCGACAAGCAAGCCGAAUGCCUGGACACCGCGAAGGGCUUGUUGGCCGAUGCCCUGGGAAAGUCCAAGGAGGAAAUCAGCGAUAGCAUGCUGCGCAAGAAGCUGGAUGAGGCCAUGGGUAAAGCCUUGGGAACAAAGAUGCGAGCCUGUAUGGAAGCAGCAGAGGAUGAUGCCGCCAAGGACCAGUGCAAGGAUAUUCUGGUUCAAGAUGCCCUCGGCACCAGGAAUGGAACACAAGCAAGGGGUGCCAGGACACAAGCCUUGGCCAAAGCCGGGAGAAGCGCGGCUUUGGAGGUCAUCCAGGAUUGCACCGGCUCGCGAGAGGCUUGCAUGGAGAUCCUGAAGGAGAAGGCUGCUGAGUCCAUGGGAAGGUCCAAGGAUGAUUUGUCCAACAUGGAGCUUGAGAGGCUGAACUUGGAGGGUGCCAAGGACGCUGCGAAGAAUGCCGCCAAGUCCUGUCGAGCUGCCAAGGAUGCGGAUGCCAGUGCCACUUGCCAAGAUGUGAUCGAAGUCUUCAAGCAGGGGCGUGGCAAGGACAUGGAUGAGACGGAGUCCCGAAGGGUCAAAGGAGAGCUGGCCAAAGAUAUGGACAAGGAGGACAUGAAGCUUUGUUUCGACGAGGAAUCUUCCAAGGAGGCCUUUGAAAGCUGCUUGGAGAUGCUGGACUCAUCCGACAAAGUGAAGGAUGACCUGUUCAGUGAGCUCUCAGAAGGUCGAAAGAAUGCCAAGAAGAAGCGCGCCAAGGAUGAAGCUGCCGUGGAAGCUGUGGGCGAGAUUUUCAAGGCUUGCAUGGAGGAGGCCACCAGCGACACGGAAAAGGCCGAGUGCCGCAGUGCGAUGAAGGAGAAGUCUGAGAUGGCCGGACUGGAAGAAGAUGUCGAGGACGUCUUGAAGAAGUACCAGCGCAACGUGGUGGCCACCGCAGCUCGGGUGUGCAGCUCCGCGGAGCGUGCGCAGUGUGUCAAGGCCGCCAAGGAUGAGUUGGUGAAGAUGGGCCUGAAGAAGCGUGCCUUUGGUUUGGUGAAGAAGCUGGCAGAUCUCAAGGCUGCUGCUGAGACCUAUGCCGCGUGCCAAGAAACCUCAGCCACUGAGAACACCACCUGCAUCGAAUUGGCGAAGAGCACGUUGGAGGAGUUGAGUGGCUCCACGGAUAUUUGGUCCGACGAGAUCGAGAGCAAGGUCAAGGAGCUGGGCGAAGCCUACCUGGAGGGUCGUGAGGUCUUCAUCCGAAAGCUCAAGGAGUUGGCCUUCGAGGCAGUGACUGACCUGUUGAACUGCUCGGAGGCCUUCCUGGACCGCAUCAUGGAUAGGAUCCAGAACAUUUCUGACGGCUUCAAUGGCAGGAACAGCAGUGGGCCUCGCAACAUCUCGGACAAGCUUUGCCGUGUGACCUGGGGCUUUGCGCGCAUGGUUUGUAAGAUCCACUCGCCAGACCUGGACGACGACGAGAUGAUGAACUUGUCCGACACCAUCGCCGAGGAGGUUUCCACCGCCGAGCUCAGCGGCUCCCGCCGCUUGGAGGAGCGGCGCCUGGCCACCGUCACCGAGACCUACGUGGAUCAGGAGCAGGAGGAGACCGCCACCAGUAGCUCUACCUCCAUGGGAGGUGAGAGUGGCAGCAGCACCAGCGAUGAGAGUGGUGAGAGCUCCACCACCCAGGGGUCGCUCCCCAUCAGCAACUCAUUUAGAGCUGCCUUCACCGUGACGACUGGAUUCCUUUCGGCGCUGUUCUUUUGA